UCCAGCCAAACAUUUUUUUAUUCCCUUUCGUUAUAGCGACAAAAAAGAAACAAUGGAUGAUGAUAUCCUCCUUGAAGAGUGCAUCAGUGCUAACGUCCUUCAAUACCCAAAGUACCUGCUUUCAUUGGUGGCGCUUAUUACAAGCCUUCAACCUGUGUAUUUCUCCCACGCGAUCAAUGGUCUUGAAUGGAAUCGACACAUUAAUGCCCUAAUCUAUGUGUUAAUCACCAUUCUCACGACCUACAUACUCACACAGGCUUAUAUUGUGAUGGUGGAGAGUGAAUUUUGGGCGCGCCAGCGCCACUUUGCAGAGGGCUCAGAGAAGGAUGAGAAGUUACUUCGCCGUCUGCGGCUGCAGGUCGCCGUGGGGUACACCUUAUUUUUCGUAAAUGGUGUUUUCUUCCUCAUGUGUACCUGUCUGAUGUCUUACAUAUUCCGACACACGGACCCACUUGCCUCAUACGUGCUAUCGCCGUCAUUAACAUCAUCAUUGCUCUUGUUGAUAGCACACAAGAAUAAAGAGAGCUGCCAACGUCGUCUGCGCCGGCACAAGUGAAGUCAGUGGAAGUGACAUAAGCAAGGCUAGUCAAACAUUCUAUAGCUGGUUGUUGCUAGGACAUCUUUGCGUGUCUGAAACUUUUUCCAUUUUGCCCGAUGAGUCACAAAUUGCGAUGUAAAAGGUAUCAUAGGAAAAGGAAUAUACGAAUAAAAGUUACCAUCGGGAAAAAGUAUAUUAGCGUUAACAUCUACUAAAUCAGUAUUAAAGGGGAAAUCUGAGUUGUGCAGGCAAAGUGUUGACUUCUUCAGAUGUGCGUGUUGAUCAUGGAUCCAUGUGUUUUUUUCUCCUUUACGUGCGUGAAGGCAUGUCCUUUGUUAAAUUCACUACCGUACUUGAAUGUUCACGAUGUAUCGUUGAUUAGGAAAGAGGUCAUAAUCCACUGCAUGAGAAAUCUAAAGGAUACAGACAAAUAGGAUAGGUAGAGACGCCACAAUUAACCUUCUUUAAGACUUUGACCUUGCAAGCCAAAAAAAAUAUCCCAGUCAAUUGAAAAAUGAAUGGGUAUAAUUUUAAUUUUAAUGUGCUCUUAUAAUUCACGGCAAU